CGUCUGUGCCCACGCGCCCCUGGGCCAAUUGCUGGUCGAUGCGGCGUCUCGCGACAUCAUGGCGCCAUGCUUGUGCUUCAUGCACGCUCGUGGUUCGCACCUUAUUUUCGCCUCUGCUGUCUCUUCCAGCGAAUGCUCGCAUGUCCACGCCUUUCCACGCAAACAAAGGGCACACUCACCACUGCCAGACCUCACCCCCGAGCCGGCUGCACGGCGAAUCAGUGCAAGCGGUGUGACGGGUGUUGGGGAUCGCAUCCUAGCGUCGAACCCCUUGCGCCUUCACCUCACCGACUCCAUCAAGAUCGAGAAGCAGGUGGGGGAGAUGACUCAGCACAUGCACCUAAAAUACGCCUCAUGUAACGCGACGAACCACCACUGUGGAGUAAGAGACUGGGCGAGACGUCUUGCACACUGCAUUCUCAUCCAUAAUUAUAUUGACUACUAACAAUCAAAUCACUCAGUAGACACGUUCGUCGCUGCAUCGAGAUUCAUUCUAAGCGUUUUUCCAUAUCCUGCCUACUUAUCACCCCACACUGCAAACACAUCUAUCCAUCUACAUCCUGUCAGUCCUCUUCAGGACAUUGC